AUGAACGCGACUUCGCCCAACAAACUGAAGAGGGAGACAGCAUUUCUUUGCCCUGCCGAAUUCAGGAACGACUUGCCUCUCGUUCCAUCUGAUUGGAAGUUUCUCCACCGCCCCAACCUCUGCGAGUCAAUUUCGGAUUAUCAUCAUGUUUCGCUUAUCGGCGAGGCAAGAGACGCUGUCCUACCUGCAGACCUCGGCCUUACAGUCGACCCACUGCUAUCGAGUAGUUACCGCGAAAAACAGUUUAGACCUCCACUGGAACACGUUGACAAUAAACUUUUGGAAGAGGAGAAGGAUAGAGAGAUGGUCGCUGACAAUCAUAAGAUAAGAAACAAAAGACCCGAUAUGUCUAAGGCGCUCUGGCUGAUGAACACGCAGUACAUCUCGUCUAUGCCGCUGCCCGAGCAUCUUGGUCGAAGUGAGAAGGAUUGGGCCAAGCACAAGCAAAUUCGCGAUCAAGACGCUGCACCCAACGACUCUCAUAUUCAACAGAUCAAGAGCAUUGAUCGCUCUUUCACCGCAGUUAAACAUCGCCUUAGUAAAGAUUCAAGCCAAGAUGUCUUUCCAAUAAUGGAGUUGCCAGUCCUUCCUGAUUUUGCUCACUCGUCUUCUAGCUUUGUCCACUUCAUUUAUGAUGAAGAUCCUAGUGAUGAUGCACGCCCUGAAAAUGGUUCGUGUCUCACACGCAUGCACACAGCUCUUGAGAACUCAUUUGUAAAGCCGUACUCAGUGAAUUGCCUACGAGGAGAUACUGGUGCAGAAAAACUCGUCGCUCUGAUGCUCCCAAGUCUGUCUAAUCACGACACUGGUGCACGGAAAGUCAACCUCGAUAAACUGAACUAUGAGGAGUACAACUGGAUUCGAGAAUAUCAGUAUCGUCUACAUCGAGAACGCGCUAACAGUCACAAAUCCAUGUGCUUCUUUUUUGAUAAAGAACACAAUACAAGAUACAUGGAGUUGAGCGCAAGAAUACUACUAAGCAAGAGGAGUAAGCACUCAAAGGGUACUAGAGACGGUGCAAAUUUCAGGCCAUCAAAGAUUACUAUCAAGAAGCCUUUGAGAAACCAAGGGGCUGGCCAUGAGCGUAUGAAAACGUAG